UUCAGAUUCCUCCCCAUUGGUCUGGUCGCUUCUGGGCCAGGACUUCAUGCGCCACCGGUCCCACGGGCUCAUUCGCUUGCCAAACCGCCGACUGCGCCUCCGGCGCAGUCACCUGCAACGGAGCCGGCGCCAUCCCUCCGGCCAGUCUAGUCGAGUUCACAUUCGACGGGUACAACGGGCAAGACUUUUUCGACAUCAGCCUCGUCGACGGGUUCAACCUCCCGGUCACCGUGGAGCCGGUGGGCAUCGCCGCCUCCGCCACAUGCACGCCGGUUGCCUGCCCGGGAAACGUGAACGCAGGUUGCCAGCCGGAGUUGGCCUUGAAGGACGCCUCCGGCGCGACGGUGGGCUGCAAGAGCGCGUGCGUGGCAUUCAAUCAACCGCAGUUCUGUUGCUCGGGGGCUUAUGCGACGGCGGCGACCUGCCAGGCGUCGGGAUACGCUUCAUAUUUCAAGGCGAUGUGCCCUCAAGCUUAUAGCUAUGCCUAUGAUGAUAAAACCAGUACAUUCACUUGCCCUUCAGGGCCUAAUAACAACUAUCUUAUUACCUUCUGCCCAGUUCCUAAUAUUGCCACGCCGGCGGCUGCAAAUUCCAGUCCCAUCCCUGCCCGCGACUCUGUUGUAAAAUCGGCUGCAGCCAUAUUGUCUUUUCGAUAUCAUGUCUUCUUCUUAAGUGCUGCUCUAGCCUAUAGCUUGUGAUGACACUUUGUUUUUUUCCUUUUCAUUUUCUUUUAUGUACUCACAUUGUUACUUUUUAAAGAAAUAGUUCAAAAUAUAUGUAAAUUAGGGACAAAGUUCAAAACAGAUGUAAAUUAAAUACUACAUGUAUUUUAUUUUAAAAAAUGACUUAUUUAGUACUUCC